UUCUGCAGUGGUCAUAUGACACACUGCUAUGCUAUGCUAGUUCCUAUAGGAUCUGAAAGAAAAUGUCAGUAAUGCCUUCACAAGCUUCUAUUUAUAAAAUCCACUAAUGGGUUUGCUGAUAAUUAUAAAUUCAUUGAAACAUGCUGCACACCUCUAUAAGUUGUGUUUACCUGGUGGAAGGAGAAGUAGAUGAAACGAGUCAAUAAAUACCUGACAUAAUGACACAAAACAUACUUAAUGCUAUGGAAUAUAUGUAGAUUCAUUCCUCUCAUGCAUCGUUGCAAAACCUAUGACCAUUCCAUAACACUUUUUUUUAUGAUAUCCUGUUCCAUUUAAAUUGCACAGACUUUAGUGGAUGUCUUUAAUCAUCUGAUGACUCCCUUCAGGGUUUCAUCUCUGAAAAUGGGAAAUGUGUCUCAACUGUCGAGUUUGAUUUUCAUAGUAGUUUUAAUAGGUCCAGCCUUAUAGGGUAAACAUCCGUUGGCCGACUUAGAACAAAGACAUCACUCUGUGUUCCAGUAGGUACAGAGAGAAGAGCAACCACUAAUUAGUUCUCUAAAGUCAUCAUGCAUGAAGAAGUACCACGGGGAGUCUGUGGACUCCAUACAACUAACCCAUUAAUUUUUAUUAGUGUGAAGUGUUGUUGUAGGUUAGGUUGUAGGUUUGUUCCUUCUAAGUGGGCACGACUCACGCCUCAGAUGACAUGUCAGUUUGAAACAACUAAAUAUGCAGCUGUAUUCAUAUAUGCAUUCAGUAUAUGAGUAUAUAUUCACAUAACCUAUAGUGUAAUAGUUAAAACUUUCAUGUCUAUUAUAAGUUAUGUCACUGAUUUUAUAAACUGAUCAGUUUGGCAUUAAUAUGUUAUUAUUUUGACAAGAAGGCCUAAUGCGUUUACUUGCUUUCGUCCAUCUAAAUUGGUCAAGUUAAAUUCUGCACAUUUUAGCUUAAAACAAAGCAUUUGCAUAGCUGCGAUUUUCAAGACUAAAAGGGUCUAAAAUGCGAGCCAAAGUUAUUCUUUGGCAAAUAAAGGUUCUAAGACUCUACUCUUUUUAGCCAGCAGAGGGGGCUACACAAAGGUGUCACCAUAAGGUCAUUCUAGAACGGUGUAGCACACAACAGUUUGGAGCAGCAAAGUCUUUUUUACCUUUGCUACUUCUAUGCGUCAUCCUUCGAAAAACGUUGUCUGGUGAGAUUAAAAAAAAAAAAAAAUCAAACUAUUGUUUAACUACAGAGUGACUUGCCAGUCGCUUGCAAACAAAUGACAACGUUUAAAAUCCUAAUUUGUCUAUGGUUGAGAGAUAUGGAAAGAAAAAAACUCAAAAGAACUGGAGGACACUAAAUUCGGAAUGGUUUUUAAGCUUCCGAGCGUUGCUGUCUCUUUAAUUGUCGACCCUUCUCUUUUCCUGCAGGACACUGACAAGCUCCUGCGAAGAAAGGAUUUUACAGCAAAUCCUCAUCGCCUCCUGCGGACGCUAGCAGUGUCUACAUGGUAACGGUCAUAUUCGACGAGAGCGAAUGCGUGGUCCUGACGCAACAAGUUUCUGGUUUCCAGUCUUCUUUCUUCGCCUAGAUAUCAAACUCUAAAACGCGGAGCUCUUUUUCUUCCCCUAAAUUCUAUAAGGACUUCUGAUUUUUAGCAUCACGCGGCUGUUUUUCGUGUAGUCACCUUGACAUUCUAUAAGAAAGAAUAUAGUCAUUGGAUUGCAAAAUGAUGGGACUGUUCUGUUCACCGUUAUCUCGGCGAGCUGUGGAUUAAUCGCACAAGAAAGUCAUUUCUUCAGAGACUGCUUUUAUGUGUUCCAGUUUCACCUAUCGCAUUAUUCCAGGAUUAUUCAUUUCAUUUUGUAUGGAUAUUUUCACUGAGCCCUGCAGAUAGAGUAUGCAUUCCACAGGAUGGGUGCGAACAAUGGGAAACAGAGUGGGAGUGAAGGGAAAGGCAGUUCCAGUAUUUCCUCCGACCUGAGUUCAAGUACGGAUCAGACGUCGACCAAGGCUCCAAAGAAUGCAGCUACCAGCGAAGACUCGGACCUGAGCAUGAGGACGCUGAGCACGCCCAGCCCGGCGCUCAUCCUGCCCCUGCGCUCCUCAUCGCUCUCCCCGGGCGUGCUGUUCAACGGCUCCUCCACCUCCUCCUCCUCCUUCACCGCGGAGACCGUUGCCAUGGUGCACGCCCCGCCCACCGGCCUCACCCGCAGGUACCGGGGCGCGCGGCACCUGCGCGACCAGCAGGAGGCACCCGUCGACAUCCUGCCGGACCACGCCUUCCUGCAGAUCUUCACGCACCUGCCCACCAACCAGCUGUGCCGCUGCGCCCGCGUGUGCCGCCGCUGGUACAACCUGGCCUGGGACCCGCGCCUCUGGAGGACCGUUCAGCUGACGGGCGACGUGCUGCACGUCGACCGCGCUCUGCGGGUGCUGACGCGACGCCUCUGCCAGGACACGCCCAACGUCUGCUUGACCCUGGAGACGGUGGUGGUGAGCGGCUGCCGCAGGCUCACCGACCGGGGGCUCUACACGGUGGCCACGUGCUGCCCGGAGCUCCGGCGCCUGGAGGUGGCUGGCUGCUACAACGUGUCCAACGAGGCCGUAUUCGAGGUGGUGUCGCGCUGCCCCAACUUGGAGCAUUUGGACGUCUCUGGCUGCUCUAAGGUCACGUGCAUCAGCCUGACGCGGGAGGUGUCACUCAAGCUCUCCCCCAUGCACGGCCAGCAGAUCUCUAUCCGCUACCUGGACAUGACGGACUGCUUCGCUCUGGAGGACGACGGCCUGCACACCAUCGCGGCCCACUGCCCCAUGCUGACACACCUGUACCUGCGCCGCUGCACCCGGCUGACCGACGAGGGCCUGCGCUGCCUGGUGCUCUACUGCCCGGCCGUGCGCGAGCUGAGCGUCAGCGACUGCCGAUUCGUCAGCGACUUUGGCCUGCGUGAGAUCGCCAAGCUGGAAGACCGGCUGCGCUACCUGAGCAUAGCACACUGUGGGCGCAUCACUGACGUCGGGGUGCGCUACGUGGCCAAGUACUGCUCGCGCCUGCGCUACCUGAACGCGCGCGGCUGCGAGGGCCUGACGGACCACGGGCUAGAGCACAUGGCCAAGAACUGCUCCAAGCUCAAGUCUCUGGACAUCGGCAAGUGCCCGCUGGUGUCGGACGCAGGGCUGGAGAUGCUGGCGCUCAACUGCUUCAACCUGAAGCGGCUGAGCCUGAAGUCGUGCGAGAGCAUCACGGGCCGCGGGCUGCAGGUGAUCGCCGCCAACCUGUUCGACCUGCAGCUACUCAAUGUGCAGGACUGCGACGCAUCGCUCGAGGCACUGCGCUUUGUCAAGCGCCACUGCAAGCGCUGCGUCAUCGAGCACACGAACCCUGCCUUCUUCUGAAAGCAGAGGAGAUAAGGGAUGAGGGGGAGGAGAGGGAGAGGACUUAGUCAUUCAUGUUGUAGCAAUGUGUCACUGACAGCCACGUCCUUGCCUGUCCAGUGAGGCGAUUUUUUUGGUGCAGGCCCUUCUUUUGUAUUUAAUGGGGAUGGUUAGGGAAAUAAAAAGAAAUUUGUAUUUAUGUUUUUGUGAUACAGUUUUUUUUAUUACAAACCCAUACAUUCAGAAGGUUUAAGGGGACAAUUACUUUGAAAAAGGAUUUUAAACCGACUGUUCUUCAGCAAUGUCUGUUAUGCCAUUUUUGUAAGAGCCAAAUAGAUUUGGAUACCGACAGGUACAUACAUACCACCUUUCAUCUUCUACCUUUUGAGGAAUUGCAGUUGACUGCUUUAGUCUUGAUGUUCUGUAACAGAUUGUACAGGGAAUAUGCAAUAAAGCACUAUUUCAGUAUAAAUAAUUGUUUGACAAUCACGUAAGCAUUACCUGAAAUCUUAGUCCGUGAACGUUUAUAAAGGACAUUCAAGUGCUAUAUGUCAGCUACUCUGUCAUGUUUUGUUGUAUCCUAUCUCCAAGGGAAUUUUCAUGUACAUGUGCCAUUGUAUUAUGAUGUCUUGUUCACUUUCAUUAUGGUCAAGUCACUAUAAGAACCAGCCUGUUUAUGUCAGGUGGUUUGUUUAACAGAGAAUUUGGAACACUAUGGUGAAAUAAAAAAUAUAUAUCUAUUA